CAACGCCAGGGUUUCCGAUAUUUGGCGCGACAUAUGGUUAUGGAAGGACUCAUACCAUCGACGGACACUUUCUUUUACUUAACCGCCGAAGAAGUGGUGAGUCUUUGCGAUGGAGACAGGAAUCCGUUGAUACUGUCAAAGGCCAGGCAUCGGAAGCGGUUGUACCCAAAGAUAGAUAAAUACAAGUUUGAGGAGUUCCUGAAGGGCCCGGAGAUGAGACCCAGAAAUUUUGAUGACAGUAUUAUACCACCAAAUCUGGGCACCGGUAUGAUUCAGAUGAGGGGAACGCCUGUUAGUAAUGGAUCAGUAAAGGCUAGAGUUUGUGUCUCUGAGGAUAUCACUGAUGCCGACAAUAUACAGCCGGGAGAUAUUCUGAUCACAUACUCGACGGACAUCGGUUGGAGUCCAUACUUCCCUCUACUGUCGGGUAUUAUCACAGAAAUCGGUGGAACCAUAUCUCACGGGGCGGUCAUUGCCAGAGAAUACGGCAUUCCGAGUCUGAUAGCAGUGGAGGGCGCCUGUAGUGCCUUCACAACCGGAGAUAUUUGUGUUUUGGAUACUCAGACACAGACCAUCACUAAAGUCGAGUAAAUCCUUGUCUCCAAACUAUGAAUAA